AUGCCGGUGGUUAGCACAAGUGGAAAGGGCUACAGUGCGCGGAACGAAGAAAGAGCAAAUAAUGCCUCCCUCGUUGCCUGCCGCCGGCUGCUGCUGCUGCUCCCAGUAUUGACGGUUGGAAUUCCGGAGCUGCCGAGAGUAGGGACAAGAAUCCGCCGGUUCACGUCUUCCGCAAAAAGAAUCGCAUUGACAGCUCCCUUGAUGUAACGUCUAAUUUGACAAAAAUUGCCCGUUUGAAAAGAUUUCACUUUAGUCUGCUUACAAGAAAAGUGUUUUCCCUUUACGCUCAGAAAAAUCUCAACCUUAAGGUGAAAUGAUUUUCCUCAUCAGAAAAUAUUUAGGUUUUAAGUAGAAAAUAAAUUUUUUCCAAACUGCAAAAUAUAUAUCUUGUAUAAUCAUGAAGUGUCUUUUUGAAGUUUCUUUGAAGUUAAAGUAGAUAAAAGACGCCCAUUCGAUCCAGAGUUGUCAAUCAAGAUGAUAAAAAUCGAAAAACCAACGGCAGAUGGUGGCAUUGAAAACUUUUUCAUUUGGAGAUGAGAUUAUGAAUUAUUGAAAAUUAUGAAACGAAAUAUAAAUUCGAUCAUUUGUUUGAUCUUUUCAGACCACGAAAACUAGUGAUUUUCAAACCACUCAAGGGACCACUGAUUUCUUUCUAGUGCUCAAUCAGAAAACAGUUCACUUUAUACUGUAAAAUCAAAGACAGCUGAAUUACACCGCAUUUCUGAAGCAGUAAAGAAAAAAAGUGAUUGAAAAGAAAUCAUCAAUCUUCAAUCCAAUUGAUAAAUGGUUUGUAAGAAUCGAGAAUAUAGAGUAUAUUUUUGAUCAAAAACUGAUUAAUUAAAAAAACGAUAAAGAUAUUCAGAUUUGGAGGAACGUCUUGAGGUUGAAUAAAUUAGCCGUUGUGUUUGGGCCUCUGUGCAAACAUACGAUCGAACGCCAUUCAAAGACUGGCCGGCGAGGUCGCGGAGUCACAUUUCGGUCUUAGCGCCAAAUAUGGGUAAACGGGGCCAUAAGACACCCGGAACUGUAAGAAGCUUAACCGAGUGAUUUUUUAAAGUUAUAUGAGCUUUUAUCCCAUUUCUAACGGCCUUUUUCUAAGCGCGAAGAUGUACACAGGUUUUGAAGAUUUUUUUUUUUGAAUAUUUUAGCACGUUUUCUUUUUUGACAAGGCAGUGUAUUAAUAAAUCUUGAAAAAAAUAUUCGGAAAUUAAGAACCUCUUUCGAAACCAGAAGAAAAGGCUCAAAAUGCUGUGUCUGCAGACCUGACGAGAUACCUUUGCACUGGGUCUCAUAAUAAUCGUUUCUAUUAUAUUUCUGAAAAAUUUUGUCUGAAAGUGUUUGAAAAAAACUUUAACAACUUGUUACCCAAAUACGAUUGAUAUUUAUGAAUAAUUACAUUCAGUUUUGCAUAGAAUCUGUUUCUGAUCAGCGAUAUUUCUGAAGUGGUUGAUGAAUCCUUCAUUUUGUUCAUUGCAAACUUUAAAGUGUAGAGGUUUUUUAUAUUACAAUCUCAUUAACUGUUUCUUAUCAUCACAGUAGAAUACCCUUCCAUUAUAAAUUAUUUUUGCCAGCCCUGAGGCUGGCUUAACCAAAAAUGGACUGCAUUCUGCUGAGACUGAGUCUCACCCAGAAGGCGCCGCGUGGAGGCAGCAGUCCAAGCCUUCCGGCUAAGGAUCUUGAUUGGUUGCGUUAGCAAAUGAGCCUAAACAACGUCCGACCCCACUAAACCGUUCACCCGACUCGCAGUGGCUUUCGCGACCUUGCAUCUUAUAUCGGGAGGACAACAGAAAACAUUCACCUCGAAGCAUAGUGUUCCCUAACGGAAAACGUUCACCUCGAAGCAUAGUGUUCCUUAAACCAAAUGUUUGUAAACAAAACGUUCUCGAAAAAUAUUUUCGCUUCUCUUUUUGAUGCCGUGGAAUAAAAUUUGUCCAUAUUUCUGAAGGCGCCUAUUUAAUAGUUCCGAAAAGUGUGGAAAACUCAAACGAAGACAUUCCAGCAGCAAGAUGUCUGAACGCCGAAUCGACGUGAACCGCAGCAACUACUCGGUGAUUGACAACGAGUUCGGCAACAUGCGCAAUCGUUUCGAGCAGGAAAGGCACCGCGUCGAGGAGGAAAUGCGUCGUCUUCGCUCCGAGUUCGAAGGUACUUUAUUUUAUAUAAAAAACGGGGUCAUUUUUUCCAAUAAUAAUGAUAACAAUCUUCCUUGAAUAUAUUAAAACAUCAGAAAAAUAUAAUGAUAGUACAAAUUAUACAACAAGAAAAAUAAUUUAGAUGGGUUUUAAGUUUCCUUACUGCAAUAAAUGGUUUGCAUUUUUGAGAUAAAGGCAUUGAGUAAUAGUAAAUGUUUCGACUGAGGUAAUGUGGAAGAGAUAAGUAUAUAUGCAAAGCAGGGAUAAGUAUGUUUGAAACGUGUAUGAACACAUAAAUAUAUUUGUACACGUUUCAAACACGCUGAGAUCGAUGAGGUUAUUUUUUUUAACAUAUCGGAGCAAUAAGAGAAGGAUUCAGGAGAGACGCUCAAUAUCAAAAAAAGAAAAAUGGCAAAGUCCGAUUAGGAAAAAGGAUUGUUUUUUUGAAGAUCACGAAGACCAGCAACUGAAGGGAUGUUGAAAAUGGAGAUUUCACAACCAAAAACGGCCUUCUUUUUCUGCGACAUGUCAUGGAAGAGUCGGGCAUUCAGCAGGCAUUAUCUGGCAUUGCUCACGUCUUUCCUGAAAAUGGAUCGAGUCUAA